UCUGGGCACAUUGUAAUUGAAAAAAAAAAUUGGAAAGAAAAUUUGGAAGAAAGUAGAUUACAUUUCUCUCUUAUGGCGCCUUUUAAAAGAGUGCGCCAGCCGAAAGUCACCACACAGGCUUUGCUUGAUUUCGACCUGGGCGAAAGCUCCUCGGACAGCGACUUCCUGCCAGACAUUGAUAACUGCUCCGAUGGCUCAAAGGACGAGAGCGACGGUGACGGCAGCAGCGACGCAAGCAGCGGGUCGGGUUCUGACGAGGACUCAGAUGCCGAGAGCGAGGACUCUACUUUGCAACUUCAGCAGCUGCUGGCUGAAAGCGAUGCGAUAGGCACAGCGGCGCCUCCUCACGAAAAUGGGAUUAAUGGGAUCGACCAUACUGCGAUCGGAUCAAUUCGGGCGCCACUGCAGCUAUCCAGUGCGCCCGCCAAGCGUAUGUGCUGCGUCUGUCUGGGCGAGCGCAGCGACGAUGUCAACGAGAUCGUCGAAUGUGACUCCUGCGGCGUGUCGGUGCACGAGGGCUGCUACGGUGUCAGUGACAACGUAAGCAUCUCCAGCACCAACUCCACCUGCUCCACGGAGCCGUGGUUCUGCGAGGCCUGCCGCGCUGGAGUAUCGGAGCCGGAUUGCGAGUUAUGUCCCAAUAAGGGUGGCAUCUACAAGGAGACGGACGUCGGAAAGUGGGUGCACCUGAUCUGUGCCCUGUACGUACCUGGAGUGGCUUUUGGCGAGGUGGAGCAAUUGUCGUCGGUCACACUGUUUGAGAUGCAGUAUAGCAAGUGGGGCGCUAAAGUGUGCUCCCUCUGCGAUAAUGCGCUGUUCGCUCGCUCCGGCGUCUGUAUUGGCUGUGAUGCGGGCAUGUGCAAGACGUACUUCCACGUGACCUGUGCACAGGUCGCCGGCUUUCUCAUUGAGGCGCAUCAUGAGGACGACGCUGCCGAUCCGUUUUACGCUCACUGUAAGGUGCACUCUGAGAAGGAGAUGAUCAAGAAGCGGCGCCGUAACUACCACACCCUCCGCCUCAACAUGCUGCAGCGGGCCAAGGAAAAGGAGGCGAAGACAUCUGGACACAACGAGGAACCCGAUCCAAAUCCCGCCCAGGCGCGUAUUCAACGCAAGUUACUUAAAAUCCAGCACAAAUACGCUCGGCACAAAGAGCUUAAGCCCAUUCCGUGGGUACCCACUCAAAAGAUGUCGCGCCUACUAACCACCUCCGCCUCUGCCUGCCGCCGCCUGUUGGCUAAGGCGGAGGUCAUGUCGGUGGAUGUGCAGCAUCUAGAGCAGCGUGAGGCGCACAUCAACGCUCUCACCGACAUCCGAAAGAAAUGGCACAUUGCGCCAGCCUUUAGCGUUGAGUUCACCGCCUACUACAUGGAUCGUAUAGUGCGUAUGGAGGACUUCCGGGAGCAGCAGCGCCAGCUCAUCUCGCACAACGCAAUUUUGUCCAAGGAUCAGGAUGUGUUAAGAGCCCAAUACGACAGUGCUUUGGAGGAACGCAAGGCGGUAAAGGCCACAAAGGAUAGUCUGUUAGCCAACAUUAAAUCUCUGCACACGGCUCUAGCCGAAAUAGUACCCAACAUUAGUCUACCUAGUGUUGAGCUCAUAGCACAUCCACUUCCAGAGUCACACCCGGCUAAGACAAGCACUCCAACUCCACCCCAGCGGCCCAUAUCUGUACCGACGGCAGCUGCACUCAAGAUGGGUGUGGGGUUUCCACUUGGCCAUCUCGGGCCGCCGGGAAGCAAACUGGACGCGUCACGCAUGCUCAGCACCCAUGCCAAUAAACACGGCAAACAGGGAACUGGGAGCAUGGAUGCAGCCCAUUCGACUGCCUGCGGCAUUUGUAAGCGGAGCAAGGACCAGCACUUGCUGGUCAAGUGUGACACCUGCAACCUGCACUACCAUCUGGGCUGCCUGAACCCGCCACUAACACGUCCGCCAAAAAAGUCCAAGCAGUAUGGCUGGCAAUGCUCCGAAUGCUGCGACAAAUCAGACGGUUCGGAUGUUGUCACUGAAAUCUCAACCGGUCCAAGGAAAUCGCGUACUCGUUUUAACAAAGACGGCCAUCUUGUGUAUGUGGAUCGGUAUUCUUUAGAUGAUGUGCCGUUGCCCAUUGCCACUACUUCACUGACUACUCCCAAGGAGGCUGCGGCCAAGCGUUCGUUAAACAAAUCAUUACCGCUGGCAACUGCUCCCGAAACGGCCAUUGAGGACCUGGCGAAGUCACCGAAGCGCCCCAGAGUCCAAUCGCCCCGUAAAACACCCAUUAAUGUUCCCGCUGCUCAAGUCACGGCAACGACUGCUGCUCCUGCACCUUUAGUGGCUCCCACUGCUAGUAGCACCAUGAACCUUUCUGCCUGUGAGGACUCUAUUGACGACUCCAGCGGCAAGCUAUCGCGCAAGGGCAAGCGCAAGGACAAACACAAGAAUAAGCAUAAUCUGUCUUCGGAUACCGAGAAGUCUAUUGGCAAGGAGCACAAGCGUAAGCGGAAAAAGCGCGCACACCUUGACGAAUCUUCGUCUCACCUGGAUAUUACGGCCAACUCCUCGGGCAGCACAAUCAAGAUAAUCUUCAAAGCCCUGCGCCUGCCCGGCGAGGAUGCGCCGGAGUCGCAGUACUUCUACGUGCCGGCCAAUGCGGUUCGAUCCGUGGACGAGGCUUCUCGCCCAACGUCCGUCGAAACGGUCGAGGACAGUGUCCAAGGUGCGGAACAGGCUUUAACGCCAGUGGUACUGCCGGCAGCCUUGCCGCCUAAGGUGCGGGAGUCCAAGGAGGCUGCCUUACCAAUCACUCCGUCGCCCAAACGCAAGGUUAGUCCCCGAAAGCAGAGCCCCCGGAAGACACGCGUGGGUCGGCCAAGAGUGUCCAACACCAAACCGAAUGUGGAGAUAAACUGCUGCGUCUGCAGCCAGACAGGCAAAUCCAAUCAGGUGGUAACAUGCGACGAAUGCCACAGGCAUUACCACUUUGCCUGUCUCGAGCCGCCGCUGAAGAAGUCGCCAAAAAUACGUGGCUAUUCCUGGCACUGUGCCGACUGCGAUCCCACUGACGAGGAUGCACUGCCCAAGAAAUAGUAACUAGGAUUAUUUAUUAACUAUACAUAUAUAGUUUUUUAAAGCUCGGACGCAAAAUAUCUAAUACACCUUGCGAUAUUUACAACAAAUUUCCAAUUAUAAAUAAUGCCAAGAUAAUUUAUACAUACAUAAACUAAUAUAUCAAAUUAAGGAAAUGUGUUCUUUUCUAUUUCGGAUGAAUGCCUGAACUGUAUACUGUAACUGUACUGUAACUGUACCUGCUCCCGUUGUUCUAUCCGUGAUUAGCGAUCAGUAAAGAUUAACAAAAACAAAUGCUU